CCACAGGACAAUCGUUAGGGGGCAGUAAUGACGUAAACAUUACACGAUCUACCGUAGAAGAAGAGGGUUUCGGCCGGCGGUCUGCGCUAUUUCAAAGUUUUGGGGUUCCCACCUGACCGGGUUUGUCUUCCUCGCGGCUCGGGGUUCGGCUGCAGCCGCGGCUGAAGAUGUCGCAGCAGAAAUGCGUCCAGAGCUGCGGCGACGACCAAGAAGGCUUUGAGCUGUCGGCCAGUGACGAGUCGGAGCCCGAGGAAGAGCUGAGCCGGGCGCCCUUUGACCCGGAGCUGGAUGACAGCGACGACGGGGGCGAGGAGGCGUGCGCUCUCGGCGCCACCCGCUCAACUGCGAGCACGUUCGUCUUGAGCGGAGGGAACUCUGCGUUCUCCGACCGCAGCCGCAGCGUCUUCGACUGCCUGGAUGGCGUCGAGAGGCAGACGGCACCUCUGCUCCCCGAGGAGAGCAUGCCCCCUCCCAAAUGUCCCCCUCCUGCAAAGAAGAGGGGGGUCCCGGACUACCUGCUGCACCCUGAUCGCUGGACGCGCUACAGCCUGGAGGACGUGAAGGAGACCACUGAUCAGGAGAACCGCAGGGCGGCGCACAACUUCCUGUCCAGUCUGCGGCCUGAAGAGGGCAACCGCCCCCCCGGUGAACCCCCCCACGACCAGCAGCAAAAGGUGGUCUUCUCUAAACCCAAACGAGCGUUCAAGGAAGAAAUCUCUGAGUCAGACCAGCAAGGAAAGGAGAAGAGACUGCACCUCAGUCACCUGGCUGAGGAAGAGGAGGAGGACAACAAGGCUGCUGGAAAGACCCAGCAGGAUGCAGAGGAGGUCAGAGACCAGCAGGAGUCCCUCCCCAGCUUCACCCCCUUCAAGAAAAUGAAGAGGAAGAGCUACAGAAGGAGCUCGGAUCACAAGGAUGAGUGCUAAAAUGCUCGAUUUGAUGCUGACUUUGUGCUAAAGCUGGAACAUUUGAUGUUUUAUUCAAAGAAAGUUUGACAUAUGAACAAACUAUCAAUACAAACCAGGCUGAAAAAAGCAUGAGAGUUUGGUUUAGUGACGUUUCAUGAAUUCUUUCUUCAUAAAACUAACGACCAACAAUGCUGCAGUUAUCUUAGCAGAGCAGGAAAUACAAUAAAAGAAUCCAAAAAAGGCCUGAAAUUCCUCCUAGAAUUCUUCAUUCUGGUUCAAAUAAAUCAUAAAUUGGCUAAAGAAAGUUUCAUGCAUGAGAUUCUUUGUCCUGCUGAAUGCUGCUCACAUUAUCAGAGGGAAUGGAUUCUAAAGUUUGUCUUUUCCUAAAACAGAGUUUCUCAUCCUCAGACAGUCGCGUUGGAGCUUCUGUUCUGGCGUUUCUGGUCUGAUAUCACGUCUCUCCUCCUGCUGCCGUUUUCCAUCCUGUGUGUUUAGUGGACCGGAGCAGCAGCGUCCAGCCAGCAUUCAAACUUCCUCAGCAAUAAAGUUAAUCUGCAUCCCAAAGCGCCUCCUGUUUGCUCCUAACUGUUUGCGUUUCUCUGCAGGAGGAGGCCAUGCAGGAGCUGCAGCUUUGCAUGGCAGCCUCAGGGUCAGACAUUUUUCACCUGUUGCAGUCCUCGGCUGCUGCAGACCAUAAUUUGAAAUAAAUAAACAUUCCAGAAACAU